AUACUUGAUGGAGAGGGUCGGAUAGCGGCCGUGCUUGCUGGCCGGCCGGCUAGCAAGGACUGGAAUGACGUCAAUGCUGCAGCUGCAAAAACCAUGGUGGAGGCACAGCAACGCUGCGCCUUCAGCCCGUCAGGCCUUAUUCACCGUCGUGGCAGGUAUCAUGCCCUAUCUACCGGCAUCUCUUACGGUGGAGGUCAACAGAUACCGUCCAAUUUAGCUCAUGGGAAGGAGAAUCGCGCUGAAUUAGACAGGCUGUUGGGAGAUCCCGCUAUCAAGCGCCUGGCGGGUUUUGGAAGCAGUGCUCUCGCGUUCUAUGCACCUAAGCUGUACCGCCACUUCUCCCACAACAUACAGGCACUUGUUGAACGGCACUCCCACCUGAACAUGAACUUCACCAACAGUAUCUUCCCGGCUGCCACGUUCAAUUUCGGACCCCAAGUCGCCACCUUUGAACACACGGACCCUCGCAACAUCGCCUACGGCCUUUGUGACAUCCAUGCCCUUGGCUCUUUUGAUUCAAAGGCAGGCGGUCACCUUAUAUUUUUUGAUUUGAAGGUUGCAGUUGAGUUCCCAUCUGGUUCAACCGCCCAGAUUCCCUCUGCAAUUCUCCGGCAUGGUAAUACUGCUAUACAACCGAGGGAGACACGGCUUUCCUUCACGCAAUAUUUCUCUGGUGGCCUCAUAAGGUGGGUCCGCUAUGGAUUCCGUAGCUUGGCAGAGCUUCGUGUCCGGGACCCCCAUCUCAAACAAAAGCUUGAUAGAGAGGACGGUGAGAGGUGGCAGUGGGGGCUCAGCUUUUUUUCCAAACUGACGGAACUACAGGGUGAUAGGGGGCUACUGUUCAAGAGGAAAGCAACUGAUGGAGAGAUCUUAGGUACUUAG